AUGUCUGUUCGUGCAAACAUCAGAAGAAGACGCAUGAUCGGUGGUAAUAACACCACAAUCAAAAAGCAUCCCUAUCAAGUAGCGAUAGAAUUCAAAUUCGGUGGAAAUUUCUGCAGCGGAGUCAUAAUCUCUAUACAGCACGUCCUUACAGCUGCCCAUUGCUUAAAUUUUACGAAGGAUUUCCUACAAAUUCGCUCAGGAUCGUCGUUAAGAGACGAAGGUGGUACUUUGCACGAUGUGGUUCAAAUAAAACUACACGAGUUAUUUCGCUUGGAUGACAAAUAUGAAAACUCAUACUUCGACAUCGGAUUGGCCAGUGUCAAUCCGCCAUUCAGCUACGACGACACUCGACGGCCCAUUGCUCUGAACAAGUUGAUUUUGCCCAGCAGCUACGAGACUGAUAGGAAAUUGGUUGUGACAGGCUGGGGUGUCGUGGACCAUAAAAACACUUCGGCACAUCAGUUGCAGGCCUUAGAAGUUCCCUGGCAUAGCAAGGAGUGGUGCAACAAGACUUACGAGAAAUUUGGUGGUUUGCACGAAGGCCAAAUAUGCACUGGAUACGUUGGAGUGCGCGAUAUGGAGGCGUGUCCUGGUGAUUCUGGUGAUCCUCUAGUUAUAGAUGAUGUACUUGUUGGCAUUGUUAUUUAUGGAGAAGGUGACUGUGGACGUCUUGAUUAUCCAACUGUAUACACGGAAGUUGCUUACUUUAUUGAGUGGAUAACCCACUCGUAUUACUCGAUGUUUCAUCGCAAGCGUAGUCAUCGCCGUGUAUACUUACCUAAAUAG